AUGUCUGGAUUUCAAGAGCAGCUUCUGCAACAGCAACAGCAGCAACAACAACAGAGACACUGGCAGUCACCGUCGUCACUCCAGCAGCAGCAGCAGAAUUCGUUCCAGCACUAUGGCGAAAUUGCAGGCGGAAAUGGUAGCAGUGGUAGCAGCGUGAGCAGCGUGAGCGGUAGCGGCAGUUUGACUGGGGCGUCAUUCGCUUUGCACCAGCACCACAACCAGCACCAGCACCAGCAGCCGUUCGUCUUCCCACAGCACCAGCAGCAGCCUCCUGCCACCACUGCGCUAAACUCGUCUCCGUUCGCUGGUGGCUCUGGCGCUGGUACUGGUGGUCUUCAAGCCUCGUCGCGAGUGACGCGCUUGAGCCAGUCGCUGCCGCCACUCUCGCCCACCGCAUCGCCAGCAGCAACAGUGCAACCAUGCCCACCUCCUGCUGCUGCUGCUGCUGCUGCCACUCCAACCGGAGUCGGGAGUGGCGCGACCAUCCCCUCCACAGAGCUCGGCGGCGUCGGAGUUGCUCCACGCCCAUUCCAGCUCGUUCAGCGCGCGCUCGCUUCCAGCAGCUCCACCUCCACGUCAUCCGCAUCUGCGUCCCCGGUAGCUGCUUCUCCCCAGUCAAGAAACCUCUUUGUGGACGUCCAGCCGGCGGUCUACGCGCCAGCUUCCUCGGGCGCGACGUUUCCGCACGCUGUCGGACCAAGAACGCCUCAGCUUGCGUCAUCCGCCGCCCAGCCUGUGCCGGCCGAGGCGUCUGUAGCGGUUGCCGCUCCCAGCAUCCAUGUGACAUCCGAUGCCGCAAGCGGCGGAGCAAACACGUCCAGCGAGCCAGCAGCAUCGUCCACCAAAGAUGGCAGUGUUGUUUCUCAGAACCCCAGCCAUCAUACACUGCCAACCGCGACCGAUCGCAAGACUUCUGGUUUAUCCCUGCACCUUCCUGGAGCCAGCACCGCCACCGUUGCGUCUCGUGUCGUUAUUGUCGUUCGUGGCCAUCGCUAUCGCUAUCGCGUCGAUCCUGCCAUGUUCCAACGCUAUCCAGACACCAUGUUGGCAAGAAUGUUUGGAAGUGCAUUCGACAUGUGCAAGACCAACACAACGGGCGAGUACGAAAUCGAGCAACCGGUCUCGCCGGCCAUCUUUCGCGCCGUGCUCGAUUAUUACGCGACAGGCCUGAUCGUUUGCCCGGAGAACGAGCACGUCGGUGAUUUGCGAGAGGCAUGCGACUACUUUUUAUUGCCCUUCGACAUGUCUACCGUCCGUGUGCAGGAUUUGGGCGAACUGAUGCACGAAAUGUCCAACAUUGGCGCCCGGAAACGAUUCGAAUCGUUCUUGACCAAUUUGAUCAUGCCCGCGAUGGCUGUGAGCGCCGAGGCUGGCGACCGAGAGUGCUAUAUGGUCGUUCUGACAGACACUGAUACCAUCGAUUGGGACGACGAAGAUCCGCCCGGCGUGGGCGAGGAGCAUGCUCAAAUCAUUCGCUCAUCUGCGCUCUACCGCUUUCUCCGGUUUAACGAAAACCGAGCCCUUGUCAAGGAAGUCUUGAAGGAGAAGGGCCUCAAAAAGAUUGUGCUUGGCAUCGAGGGCUUCCCGACGUGCAAGGAAAAGAUCAAGCUGUCCUCGCAGCGCGGCCGGCGCGAAGUUGUCUACAUUUACGAGCAGCGACCCUUCAUCCGCACCUCGUGGAUCAAGGAGGAGCACAAGAGCCGGCACGUUGACUUCCAGAUGGUCCGCACCCGCUCUCGUGAAAGCAGCAUUGGCAACAUUUACGACAACACGGACGGGUUUCCCGAAACGGUCAUUCCCGGAAAUUUCGGCGACGAGGAAGAGGAUUACUGA